AUGAAAGCAAUCGUCGCUGUGGCACUAUUCGGCCUCAUUGUCGUAGCUGCUUAUGCUCAGGAACAAGAUGAGCAUGUGGAAAAUGCACCAAAAGUUCAUUGUCCCGAACAAUUCGAGCAUAGCGAGAACAUCCUUCUGCCAAAUCCCAGCGAUUGCAAUAGUUUCUACCAGUGCGUUUGGGGAGUGCCUUACCUGAUGGAGUGCCCGUCCAAUCUGCACUUCAAUCCAGAAAUUAAUAUGUGCGACUGGCCCGAAGAUGCCAAUUCAAUCGUCGCUGUGGCACUAUUCGGCCUCAUUGUCGUAGCUGCUUAUGCUCAGGAACAAGAUGAGCAUGUGGAAAAUGCACCAAAAGUUCAUUGUCCCGAACAAUUCGAGCAUAGCGAGAACAUCCUUCUGCCAAAUCCCAGCGAUUGCAAUAGUUUCUACCAGUGCGUUUGGGGAGUGCCUUACCUGAUGGAGUGCCCGUCCAAUCUGCACUUCAAUCCAGAAAUUAAUAUGUGCGACUGGCCGGAAGAUGCCAAUUGCAAACUUGUUGAUUAG